UUGUUUUCUUAGCUUGACCUGCCAGAAUAAGAGUCGUCAACAAGGAUCAGGAUGUUGCUCGGCCUCAGUGGAUCUACUGCCAGCCGGCUGCUUCUUCUCCGGAGAAGCCUGACUUCAGGAGUCUCUGCUUCGGCAGCGGCUGUGGACAGGGCUCUCUCCGCCUUCAGGUUCAUAUGCGGCGAUGAAGGAGUCUCACUGGGUGAAGCAGUCAGAGAGCAGCACGGCAGGGACGAGUCUGUGCACAGAUGUCGGCCUCCAGAUGUUGUGGUGUUUCCACGCUGUGUGGAGGAGGUCAGCGCUUUGGCCAAGACCUGCUACAAACACAACCUUCCCAUCAUCCCCUUUGGCACUGGGACUGGCUUGGAGGGAGGGGUUGGUGCUCUGAGGGGUGGGGUUUGCUUCAGUUUAAGGAACAUGGACCAGAUCCUGGACCUCCACCCAGAGGACUUCGACGUGACAGUAGAACCUGCUGUGACUCGGAAGACCCUCAAUUCUUAUUUGCGAGACACAGGCCUAUGGUUUCCUGUGGACCCCGGAGCAGAUGCUUCUCUGUGCGGCAUGGCUGCCACCAGCGCCUCCGGCACAAACGCGGUGCGUUAUGGGACCAUGAGGGAAAAUGUCAUCAACCUGGAGGUGGUGUUGGCAGACGGGACCAUCGUGCACACAGCUGGCAAAGGACGCCGUCCCAGGAAAACGUCUGCCGGCUACAACCUUACCAACCUGUUUGUGGGCUCAGAAGGCACACUGGGUAUUAUCACCAAGACCACGUUACGUCUGUACGGCAUCCCAGAGGCCACGGUGUCGGCCGUCUGCUCCUUCUCCUCCGUGCAGGCUGCCGUGGACAGCACCGUGCAGAUCCUGCAGGCUGGAGUUCCCAUCGCUAGAAUCGAGUUCCUGGAUGAUGUGAUGAUGGACGCCUGUAACAGGUUCAGCUCCCUCUCUUAUCCUGUUGUCCCAACGCUUUUCCUGGAGUUCCACGGAUCGGAGCGGAGUCUGGAAGAACAAGUCAACAUCACAGAGGAGAUCACUCAGAGCAACGAAGGCUCAGACUUUCAGUGGGCUCGAGACGCAGAGACACGGAGCCGGCUGUGGAGGGCGCGCCAUGACGCCUGGUACGCCGCACAGGCGCUCAGACCGGGCUGCAAGGCUUACUCCACAGAUGUGUGCGUGCCUCUAUCUCGCCUGCCUCAGAUCAUCGUGGAGACAAAGGAGGACCUGAUGGAAAGCCGGCUAACAGGACCCAUUGCAGGCCAUGUGGGCGACGGAAACUUCCACUGCCUGAUGGUCGUGGACCCGAGUGACCCGGAUGAGCUGCACAGAGUCCAUCUGUUCACUGAGAGGCUGGCCAGACGAGCGCUGGCCAUGGACGGCACGUGCACCGGGGAGCACGGGGUGGGUUUGGGAAAGAGACGCCUCCUGUGUGAGGAGCUGGGACCUUCAGGCAUCCAGGCCAUGCAGAAGCUCAAGAAUGCCCUUGACCCAAAGAACCUGAUGAAUCCUGGGAAAGUUCUGCUGCAAGGAGAAAGAUGAGGAGGGGGGGGGGGCAGCUCCAAUGGGGAAAAUGAAGCAAAUCAAGAAUGAAUGCCACAUUAUUGAAGAUAAUCAUCUUAAUGAUAUUUGCUUUAAUAACAGCAGACAGUUUGCACAUACUGGUGUAGAAUCAGGUUUUUGUGUGAGUUGGUGCUCAGAAAUUAAAACCUGAUAAAAGUUUUUGUUUUGAUUGUUAAGAAAUCUUUCGAGAUGAAGUAGACAUUGUUUAUGAAAUAGUUUUUGAAUAUUUUUAAUACUAUUUGAUAGCAGACCAGGAGCUCUCAAACUGCUAAAGUUUAAAUGUAUAAUUAUUUUCCUUUAUUUUGUGGUGGUUGAUGGAGUCCACCCUCGAUGGCAUCUGCCAGGAUCUGGAUCUCCUUCCAGAAUCCCGGUUUUGUGACAAAAUUGUUCCUCUUUUCAGUUUUGCAGCAAAAUCUGAAUUUCUCUUUCUUUCAGUAUCUUAACCCCAAAAUUUAAAAGACCUGGUGGAAUCAAUGACAUUAUGAUAAUAAAGUUCUGGUUUGAAAAAUUC